UACGGACGCUGGUGAAGAAGCUGGACCCUGUACUAAAGGCGCAUAUAAGAAAUGUCAUUGCUGUGUGUUGGAGUGAAGAAAGCCAAGCUCGAUGGACCCCAAGAGAAAUUUAACACAUACGUGACCCUGAAGGUGCAGAAUGUUAAGAGCACAACCAUCGCUGUGCGCGGCAGUCAGCCAUGCUGGGAGCAGGACUUCAUGUUUGAAAUAAACCGCCUGGAUCUAGGCCUAACAGUGGAGGUGUGGAAUAAAGGGCUGAUCUGGGACACCAUGGUGGGCACCUUAUGGAUCCCCCUGAGCAACAUACGGCAGUCCAAUGAGGAGGGUCCAGGCCAGUGGCUGACCCUGGACUCCAAUGCGAUCAUGGCUGAGAAUGAGAUCUGUGGAACUAAAGACCCAACCUUUCACAGGCUGCUGCUUGACACCCGCUUUGAACUGCCACUAGACAUUCCUGAGGAAGAGGCCAGAUACUGGGCCAAGAAACUUGAACAACUAAAUGCCAUGAGAGAUCAAGACUAUGCCUAUCAAGAAGAACAGGAGCAACCACUGCAUGCACCAACCACACAGUGCUGUAAUUGGAGUCUGUGGGGGGAUCAGCAAAACGAGGACCCAGACAGCGCCGUGGACGACAGGGACAGCGACUACCGCAGUGAGACCAGUAACAGCAUCCCGCCUCCCUACUACACCACCUCCCAGCCCAACGCUUCCAUGCACCAGUAUCCCAUGAGGAAUGAGAACUACAGACACUCUUACAACGACGACAUCCAUGAGCUGGACUACGACCACAGAGUCAUGAGUCCCACAGACAGUCGUUACGCCUCGUCGGGCGAGUUGAGUCGAGGCAGCUCUCAGCUCAGUGAGGAGUUUGUUGCUGAGGACGGCGAGAGCUUGCGAGGUUCAGAGUUCUACGAUGAAAACGACUCCUACCACUCCUGCCACUCCUCUGUCAGCUACGGCAAAGAGGACUCCCCAGGCUGGGAUGGCGAGGACCCCCAAGGCGUCUACAGCGACGAGGGAGGCUACCUCAAAGACGGAGGGGAAGAGGGGGCGCUGUAUGCCGGAGAGGGGGGUGACGUGUACGGGGAGGAAGGGGAGUACAUCUACGAAGAUGAGGAGGAGAUGCCUUUCGAGGAAGAUGAAGAUACGUAUCCACUUGACGGCACACUCGGUGAAGACCAGGAGCCGCCCUACACCCCCACACCCACAAGCACUGCCCCCCUGAUGCCCCCCUCUGAUGGUCUGUCCUCCACCAGACCACCGCUGGAGAAGCAGGCGUCGUUGCAUCAGCAGCGGCCAGCUCCUGAUCAGCUCCCGCCCGCCAGCACAGCUCCUAGUCUACCUCCAGUCACACACAAUGACACGUUGCCCCCUUUCAGUGCGGAAUCCACCAAGCCUCCGUUCGCACCCACCCAGCCAGCCCUGUCAACCACCACCACAUCCACCCCCACGACCACAUCGCAGGUUCCAGCUCCAGAUACCGGGCCCCUGGAGCCUGAACCCAAGUUUGAGAGGGAAAUCAUGGAGCCUGGUCCUGCCAGAGCCAAAGCCAACUGGCUUCGACUUUUCAGCAGAGUACGACUACAGCUGCAAGAGGCCCGAGGAGAAAGUGUUGGCAUCGCCUCUCUGCUUUUAUCAGCAGGGAUGGGUGGCGCUCUGUAUAGCAUUGACAGCAUGCCAGACCUCAGGAAGAGGAAAGCUAUGCCUCUCGUCCGAGAUCUGUCCUUGGUUCAGAACUCCAGGAAGGCGGGCAUCACCUCAGCCCUGACGUCGAGCACCCUGCAUAACGAAGAACUGAAGAGUCAUGUCUACAAGAAGACCCUCCAGGCCCUCAUAUAUCCCAUCUCUUGCACCACCCCACACAAUUUUGAGGUGUGGACAGCCACCACGCCUACUUACUGCUACGAGUGUGAGGGGCUGCUGUGGGGUAUCGCUCGCCAGGGCAUGCGCUGUACCGAGUGUGGAGUCAAAUGCCACGAGAAGUGCCAAGAUCUACUCAAUGCUGAUUGUCUGCAAAGAGCGGCAGAGAAGAGCUCCAAACACGGCGCGGAGGACCGAACCCAGAACAUCAUCAUGGUUCUUAAAGACCGCAUGAAGAUCCGCGAGAGGAACAAACCUGAGAUCUUCGAACUCAUUCAGGAGGUGUUCACAGCCCCCAAGUCCACCCACGUCACCCACAUGAAGCAGAUCAAACAGAGUGUGCUCGAUGGCACCUCUAAAUGGUCGGCCAAGAUCAGCAUCACAGUGUUGUGUGCCCAGGGUCUACAAGCCAAGGAUAAAACGGGCUCCAGUGAUCCUUACGUCACUGUCCAGGUGGGAAAGACCAAAAAGAGGACCAAGACCAUCUACGGCAACCUCAACCCUGUCUGGGAGGAGACAUUUAAUUUUGAAUGUCACAACUCCUCAGACCGCAUUAAGGUGCGGGUGUGGGAUGAGGAUGACGACAUUAAGUCUCGCGUAAAGCAGAAGUUCAAGCGGGAGUCGGACGACUUUCUCGGUCAAACCAUCAUCGAGGUUCGCACUCUGAGCGGAGAGAUGGACGUCUGGUACAAUCUGGACAAGCGUACAGACAAAUCCGCUGUGUCUGGAGCUAUCCGCAUGCACAUUAAUGUAGAGAUCAAAGGAGAGGAGACGGUCGCCCCCUAUCACGUUCAGUACACCUGUUUGCAUGAAAACCUCUUCCACUAUGUGACAGAUAUCCAGAACAACGGUGUGGUGAAGAUCCCCGAUGCCAAAGGGGAUGAUGCAUGGAAGGUCUACUUUGAGGAGACUCCCCAGGAGAUUGUUGAUGAGUUUGCCAUGCGUUAUGGAGUGGAGUCCAUAUACCAGGCCAUGACUCACUUUGCCUGCCUGUCAUCUAAGUACAUGUGCCCAGGUGUGCCUGCAGUGAUGAGUACCCUGCUGGCUAACAUCAAUGCCUACUACGCUCACACCACCCAGGCAACGAACAAUGUCUCUGCUUCUGACCGCUUUGCUGCUUCUAACUUUGGGAAAGAGCGAUUUGUCAAGCUUCUAGACCAGCUUCACAACUCUCUGAGGAUUGACCUGUCUAUGUACCGCAACAACUUCCCUGCCAGCAGUCCUGAGAGGCUGCAGGACCUCAAGUCCACAGUGGACCUCCUCACCAGUAUCACCUUCUUCAGAAUGAAGGUCCAAGAGCUUCAGUCUCCACCCAGAGCCAGUCAGGUAGUGAAGGAUUGUGUCAAAGCCUGUCUCAACUCCACCUACGAGUACAUCUUCAAUAACUGUCAUGAGCUGUACAGCCGCGAGUAUCAGACAGACCCGGCCAAACAGGGGGCUGUGCCUCCGGAGGAGCAGGGACCCAGCAUCAAGAAUCUGGAUUUCUGGUCCAAACUCAUUACACUUAUCGUCUCCAUUAUCGAGGAGGACAAGAACUCCUACACCCCCUGCCUAAACCAAUUUCCCCAGGAACUCAACGUGGGUAAAAUUAGUGCUGAAGUGAUGUGGAACCUGUUUGCUCAGGAUAUGAAGUAUGCAAUGGAGGAACAUGAAAAAAAUCGCUUGUGCAAGAGUGCAGAUUACAUGAACCUGCACUUCAAAGUCAAGUGGCUGUACAACGAGUACUGCAAAGACCUGCCCUUCUUCAAGAGCAGAGUGCCUGAAUAUCCUGCGUGGUUUGAGCCAUUUGUUAUUCAGUGGCUGGACGAAAAUGAGGAAGUGUCUCGGGACUUUUUGCACGGUGCUUUGGAGAGAGACAAAAAAGAUGGGUUCCAGGUCACAUCAGAACAUGCUCUGUUCUCCUGUUCGGUGGUGGACGUGUUUUCCCAGCUCAACCAGAGCUUUGAGAUCAUCAGGAAGCUUGAGUGUCCAGAUCCGCAGAUCGUAGGACACUACAUGAAGCGAUUUGCGAAGACCAUCAGCAAUGUGCUUCUGUCCUAUGCUGAUAUCAUCUCAAAGCUCUUUGCCAACUAUGUCACCAUGGAGAAAGUGCCCUGCAUCCUGAUCAACAACAUCCAACAGCUAAGAGUUCAGCUGGAGAAGAUGUUUGAAGCCAUGGGGGGGAAAGAUUUGUGUGUGGAGGCCAGCGAUAUCCUGAAAGACCUGCAGGUGAAGCUAAACAAUGUCAUGGAUGAUCUCAGCAGGGUCUUUUCUGUCAGUUUCCAGCCUCACAUAGAGGAGAAUGUGAAGCAGAUGGGAGACAUCUUGGCUCAGGUGAAGGGAACCUCAAAUGUGGGAAAUGCCAGCAGCGUGGCCCAGGAUGCUGACAACGUCCUGCAGCCCAUCAUGGAGUUUCUUGACAGCAACCUGACUUUGUUUGCUAAGAUCUGUGAGAAGACUGUGCUGAAACGUGUGCUGAAGGAGCUGUGGAAGCUGGUGAUGAACACCAUGGAGAAGACCAUCGUUCUGCCACCACUCACAGACCAAACGGGGAGGCUGAAGAAUGCUUCUCACAGUGAUGGCACUCAGCUCAUCUUUAACGCUGCCAAGGAGCUGGGACAGCUGUCCAAGCUGAAGGAGCACAUGGUUCGCGAGGAGGCCAAAGCACUUUCACCUAAGCAGUGCGCUGUGAUAGAGCUGGCCCUGGACACCAUCAAGCAAUAUUUCCAUGCUGGCGGUGUGGGUCUGAAGAAGACUUUCCUGGAGAAGAGUCCUGACCUCCUGUCUCUCCACUACGCCCUGUCGCUCUACACGCAAGCAACAGACAAACUCAUUAAGACCUUUGUCCAGUCACAGAACGCACAAGGCUCUGGGGUGGACGAUGCCGUGGGGGAGGUGUCCAUUCACGUGGAGAUUUUCACUCACCCCAACACUGGAGAGCACAAAGUCACAGUAAAAGUGGUGGCUGCCAAUGACCUGAGGUGGCAGACACAGGGAAUAUUCCGGCCAUUUGUGGAGGUCUAUAUCAUCGGCCCUCACCUCAGCGACAAGAAGAGGAAGUAUGCCACCAAGUCGAAGAACAACAGUUGGGCUCCCAAAUACAAUGAAACCUUCACCUUCACCCUGAGUAGCGAGGUGGGUCCUGAGUGCUACGAGCUGCAGGUGUGCGUGAAGGACUACUGCUUUGCGCGAGAGGACCGCACCGUGGGCAUGGCCGUCCUGCAGCUGAAGGACAUGGCCUCCAAAGGCAGCGUCGCCUGCUGGCUGCCGCUGGGUAAACGUAUCCACAUGGACGAGACGGGCCUCACCGUCCUGCGUAUCCUCUCCCAACGCAACAACGACGACGUGGCCAAGGAGUUCGUCAAGCUCAAGUCGGACCAGCGCUCUGCAGAGGAGGGCCGCAGCUAAGAGACACGACAGAAUUUUAAAACGACCCGUCUAAAGCUCAAUCAGACAUUGCCACCUUCUGCCCUGGACCUCUCCUGAGCCACUGCUAGCCAUUGCCCUGCUGAUCCAGUGUUGUAAAAGCACACAUAAGACAACACCACACAUCCAUCCAGUGCUGUAAAUACAUUCAUUUCAGUGGAAAGGACAUAGUGCUAAACAAAUCAUCAAUCUUUUUUUUUUAAAAAGUACCAGUGUCUUUAGUGUUGCAGGUAUUAUCAGCCAUCCUUUUGAUGAACACAUUCAAUCAUAGAGCAUAAAUCUACUUUCCUCUGUCCGUAGAGGUGAGUCAUGUCAUUCCGUACACACACACACCUCGUGUUAAUGGUUAAGGUGAGAAAUAUCUUGUAGCCUUUAAUAUUUUGGCUUCCUCUGGCCCCUUCCCUGGCCUGCACCGCCUCAGAGAAGGGGCCGCAAGUGCCAACAGAUAAUAUGCCAAGACCAGCGCUAAGCACAACAGGACCAACUGUCCAACUGACCCAAUGACAACAACACCGGCUGCAAGGCUUCAAACAUUCCAGA